UCUAAAAAUGUGUCUUUGCAUAGGUUUGACUACCAGGAGCUACUUCAUAACUCUACCUUCUGCCUGGUGCCACGGGGCCGGCGUCUUGGAUCUUUCCGCUUCCUGGAGGCCUUGCAGGCUGCAUGUAUUCCAGUUAUUCUAAGUAAUGGCUGGGAGCUUCCCUUCUCUGAAGUAAUUGACUGGAGGAAAGCUGCCAUCAUUGGCGAUGAGAGGCUGCUAUUACAGGUUCCCUCCAUUACCCGGUCCGUGGGCCAUGACAGGAUCUUGGCUCUCCGCCAGCAAACUCAGUUCCUCUGGGACGCCUACUUCUCCUCCAUAGCCAAAAUAGUCUUAACAACUCUUGAGAUCAUCCAGGACCGCGUGGACUCCCUUAUAUCCAGAAACCGUUUGUUGUGGAAUUCCCUACCUGGUGGUCUGUAUGCACUCCCUCAGUACUCAACUGACGCCGCCCAGUUUCCUUUUUACUAUGCUCUACUGGGUAAGAGCCCAUCGCAGCAGUUCACCACUGUGAUCCAUAUGGUAACUCCUCUGCAGUCCCAGAUAUCCCCUGUGGUGAAGCUCAUCAUCGCUGUAGCCAAGUCCAAGUUCUGUGCACAGAUUGUGGUUUUAUGGAACUGCGACAAGCCUUUACCUCCUAGAAACAAGUGGCCCUCCACCAGUGUGCCUCUCACUGUCAUUGAAGGACAGACCAAGACGAUGAGCAGUCGUUUUUUCCCCCAUGACGCCAUCAUCACCGACGCAGUCCUCAGUCUGGAUGAAGACUCUGUUCUCUCAACCAAUGAGGUGGACUUUGCCUUCACUGUGUGGCAAAGUUUUCCCGAGCGUAUUGUUGGUUAUCCAGCAAGGAGCCACUACUGGGAUAGUUCCAGAUCACGCUGGGGCUACACUUCCAAGUGGACCAAUGAGUACUCCAUGGUCCUUACAGGAGCAGCUUUUUACCACAGAUACUAUCACUACUUGUUCACUCACUACAUACCGGCUAGCCUGCUGACAAUGGUGGACCGCAUGGCUAAUUGUGAAGACAUCCUGAUGAACUUCCUCGUUUCGGCCGUGACCAAGCAACCUCCAAUCAAAGUCACACAGAAGAAGCAGUACAAGGAAACUAUGAUGACCCAGGGCUCCAAAGUGUCAUCUCGUUGGGCUGACCCGGACCAUUUCGCCCAGCGACAGAGUUGCAUGAACGCCUUUAGCCACUGGCUAGGUUUCAUGCCCUUAGUGCACUCCCAGAUGAGGUUGGACCCAGUGUUGUUCAGAGACCAGGUUUCCAUCCUGAGGAAGAAGUACAGGGACAUUGAGAGGUUGUGAACACACAAGGACAUGACAAAUCACAGUAGAGGCUGGAGAGCUGUGUGUGUGUCCUGAAUGACUGUUUAUGAGGCUAUAAAGGAAAAUUCACACAUGCACUGGACAUAAAAGUGAUAAAACACUGAGGUAUCUGCAAGACCUUUAAAUGCAAAUUUCUAUGGGAAAAAAAAAGCUUCUGUACAUGUGGUUGGUUACAGUGAGCAACUGUGCAUAGCUGCCAUCUGUGACAAUACACAUAAUAUGAAUGCAUGUAGACACAUGCAACAAAGACUUGGACACAUUCAAGCUGACCACGUGUACGUAUGUGUUGCAUGGUUUAAACAAGACAAGACUGUGUUUAAAAAAAAAAUCAAGUAUGUCUACAGUGGAAGUUGACAAACGGCUAAAGAGAUUCGAGGUUGUAUUCAUGAAGUCAGUAAUUAAAGAAAAGAGUUUGUGUAGACAAAAACAACAAGCUGUUCUUUCUGGCCACAUCACAGCUAAUGGCCCCAAAACACCCAGAGACGAUGGCAGUGCACCUCUUGUAUAUUAUUGUAGAUUUGCAGCAGCAGUUCCUGUCUGUAUGAAGCAAAUAAAAAAUAAAAUAAAGAGAUGUUAUGUUAUAAGGCGAGAGGAUUUGUCUCAACUCAGUUCAGUUCUUCCAUGCAUUUUAAGAAAAUUGCAUCUUUCUUUGACUACACACUCUCCUUGUUACUCUCCUUGCUGUUUUGCCUGCACAUCUAUAGCAAAGUAAACAAUAACGAGAACAUUUAUUUUCAACAAGGAACUGACUAACUAAUAAAGUAUGAUUAAUGCAAUCAAUAAAGAAAUAAGAACAUCAAGAAAUGUCAACAUCUGUCAAAUGUUUAGUAGUGAUGUAUUAACCUCACUAUAAAGAUUAGAUAUCAGUUUUCAUAAGAUUAGCUACAGCUAAUGAAUCCACAAAAGCUUGUGGGAAGUAAAUCUCAUCACUUUGCUUUGGCCAUAGUAAACAGCAGCAGUGGUAAGGAGUGGGAGGGCAGCAGCUUGGUUCAUAAAUGCAUAGUCUUUUUUACUGUCUCAACCUCAGAAUCUACAGACGGCAAAUGAGGCAGCAGCUGGUUUUACUGCAAGUCCACCGAAUUACAUAAAGUAUGUAGUGGUGAACUGAAACAGCAAUGAAAUAAGCAUCAUCAGCUUUAAAGUGAUUAUCAAGCCUGGGGUGAAUAAAAAGACCUUUAUGAUACCAGUGAGAAGAAUAUGCAGUCUGCUCUUUUUAGCUAUGUGACGGGGUAUAACUUAGUUGGCAGAUAACGGCAGCCUGUGGUGUGCGGGCUAGUGGGAUUAGUCUUAGCUGAGAGUUGCAACUUGCUGCUGCCAAUAAAAAAAGUUUACUUUCAAUGUUGCCUGGUAACAGCCGCGACCAUAACUGCUCAGUAGCUGCACCUAAAGGCCCAUAGUGCAACAAAGUGGGAGACCUUAAUGUGGGAAUCCUGGUCUAGUGUUGUAUGACUCACUGUCUAAACGUAACAACUGCUCUGCUCUGAUAAAAAGUCAACCUGUGUACAUAAAAUCAUCAUGUUUAAGAAAGCGUAAGAGUAAAAUGCUAAAGACAUUCUAAAAACUAGUAAUAGUAAGUGAAUUCAUCAAACCCAUGUUUUGUGUUGUGUAUUUUAACCUGUGCUUUGUCCUCUCUCCCUCCCGUUACCCCUAACCAGUCACUGCAGAUGGUCUCCAAGGGGUUCCAUCAGUUUAAAGGGAGUUUUUCCUUCUCACUGUCACUAAGCGCUUGUUCAAAGAGGGUAGCUUGAUUGUUGGGGUUUUCUCUGUGUUAUUGUAGGGUUGUUACCUUACAAAAUAAAGAACCUCAAGGUGACUGCUGUUGUGAUUUGGUGCUAUAUAAAUUGAAUUGAAUACAAAUAAAGUAAUGUUAUAGCAGUACAGCAACAUACCUUCUAGACUUGUAGUCAAGACCGCCUAAUCCAAGACCAAGACAAUACCAAGACCAGAGGGUAUCGAGACCAAGACAAGACCAAGACAGACCGAGUCCAGACCAAGACAAAGUCGAGACGAGACCGAGACAAAAAAAGUCUUUAAACUGCAGCCAGAUGCUGCUUCGUUUACAGGUGUCAGGCAUAUUUAUGUGUUUUUGUGAUGCACUCGUACAGCCCUCCUCACCACUGUCUACUGCCUCACUCACUUACUGAGAGGACAGACACACGCUCCACUUGACUGUCGCG